AUGCACUCGUUGGCAAUUUCUGAAAAACAUGAUGACGACCUAGAGGCUGCUAAUGAUUUGCAGAAUAGUAUGAUUGAGAUGGAGGAAGCUGUUUGCUGGGAAGAUGACGACUCUGAUGAGGAUUAUGUUCCUUUCCUCUAUCUACGAUCUACUGGAGCUUCAAAGGCAGAAAUUGACAAGCUUCAUGAAAUACACAUAGAUGAGGCUGUGCUGGAUGUAGAGGAGGUGCCCAUAGUUCCUGAAGAAGAUCAACACAUUCCUGUAAGACACAAGGUUGAGACUGUAGAGGACCUCGUAGGAAAGGAAGCGAGCAUCUGCUACAAUGACAACUUGCUCUCUCUUGCAAGGUACAUGCAGUUGCCUACUGAAGUAGUUGUACUUGGUGAUGGCAGAAUGGACUCCCCUGGCCACUGUGCACAAUUUUGUACAUACACCAUGAUUGAGCACGAGACCCGUGACAUUGUGCACAUUAGCAGUUUAAGAUACUGUGGCAUGGAGUACUACAUCAUGUACGCAAUGAACACACAUGGGCCACAGGGUUCUGUGAGCAUGAGCCAUUGGAUGACAGCAGUCAAGAUAAGCCGUGGAUACAGCAAGGUUCUGCUGCUCAUCAGACCCUGA